GUGCUGAGCUUCGGUCUGACGUUUUGCAGGCGGUGCUUGUUCGCAAAGCAAUGCAUUAAAUAGUAAGUACUGAGAGCGAGGAGUUAAGAUAGAAUGAGUCGGGAAGAGGUGCAUGUCUUGGUGUAGGGGUUUCAGUGAAAAAGACCGAGACUCGUUCAUUUACUUUUCAUUAAGAAAGGCAAAACCAAAGACAUAAUUUAUUCAAUCCAAAAUGCUUUGCCAUAUAACACGUCCGGAUUCGGUGGUAAUGGAGGUGGAGGUUGAUGCAAAGGCGAAUGGAGAGGACUGUCUGAACAAGGUGUGCAGGAAGCUGGGGAUCAUUGAGACAGACUAUUUUGGGCUGCAGUUUACUGGCAGUAAAGGGGAGAGCCUGUGGCUGAAUCUGAGGAACAGGAUCUCCCAGCAGAUGGACAACCUGACACCCUGUAGACUGAGGCUGAGGGUCAAGUUCUUUGUGGAGCCCCAUCUCAUCCUGCAAGAGCAGACCAGGCGCCUCUUCUUCCUGCACAUGAAACAGGAAGCUGUCAGCGGAAGGCUGAAGAUGGGUCCUGAGCAGGCUGAGGAGCUGAGCGCCUUGCUAGCACAGGCUGAGUUUGGGGACUACAACCAGAACACAGCCGAGUACUACUACUCCCAGCUCUGCGGGAACGAGCCCAGCCAGGCCACCAUCAACAGCGUUGUUGUGAGACACAGGGCCCUGGAGGGACUGGGCACAGCCUCCGCUGAGUACCAGGCUCUGCAGCUGCUUUCCUCGCUGGAGCACUACGGGGUGGAGUGGCACUGGGCCAGGGACGGCGAAGGCCAGAAGCUGGCCGUCGGAGUGGGCCCAGAGGGCAUUGCUAUCUGUAAGCAGGACUUCAGUCUUAUCAACAGAAUCACAUACCCCGUCAUCCAAAUAGCAACCCAGUCAGGAAAGAAUGUGUAUUUGACCAUCACCAAGGAAACCACCAACAGUGUAGUCCUACUCUUCAAGAUGAUCAGCACUAGAGCAGCCAGCGGACUCUACAGGGCAAUCACUGAGACACACGCCUUUUACAGAUGUGACACAGUGACGAAUGCAGUAAUGAUGCAGUACAGCCGUGACUUCAAGGGCCACCUGGCCUCCCUGUUCCUCAACGAGAACAUCAGUCUGGGCAAGAAGUACAUUUUCGACAUUCGACGCACGUCUAAGGAGGUGUACGACCACGCACGGCGAGCUCUGUACAACGCCGGCUACGUGGACUUCCUUUCCCGGGGCGGUGAGCGCAGCCCGGUCCGCUCGCCUGUCAGGUCCUCCGAGGGCGGGGCCAACUGCGACAGCUGCCAGCAAAGCCAAGACCUGCAGGAGAAGCUGCAGAGCCUGAAGGAGGCGCUGUUGUGCAUGCUCUGCUGCGAGGAUCAGAUUGACUCCGCCUUCUGCCCCUGCGGUCACAUGGUCUGCUGUCAGAACUGCGUCACCCAGCUCCAGUCCUGUCCAGUGUGCCGAUCUGAGGUUGAUCACAUUCAGCAUGUCUAUCUGCCCACCUGCGCUAGCCUGUUCAAUCUGGCUGUAACGGGAAGCACCAAACUCUCUAUUCACCGAGGGCUGGCCUCGCACAACUGCCCCAGCAAAGACUACUCCACAGACGAGAAGCUCUACCACUCAUAAAGCUUGCUACCCCUCCAGGCUUUUCUGUGUGUCUUUGCCUGUCCAUUGGUUCCAAGUGUUCACAGCGCCCCCUGCCUAUUCCACAGAAAUCAAACCUCAAAACGAUUGGUGGAUCUGUUCUUAAAAUAAAUGUCUAUAUAUAUAUUUUUAAACAAAAUGUUAUCAGUUGACCUGAGCAAUAUUUUUUGUGCGUAUCCUUUCCUUUUAAAUUUUUUUUUUUUUUGCCACAGCCUUGCAUUAUGUUUCAAAAAAGGGAAUUUCUUCAAUAUUAUUUUGCUUUUGGGUUUUGUAAGUUUUUCUACAAAUGUACAUUUGUGAGAUUUUACUUUGUCUUGUGUUCACAUUUGGAGUUGAAUUUUGGGUGUGAGGGUAUAAACAUGGUGCAACACUUUAUCUUCUACAGGGUUAGACCUCAUUAAGACUCGGGCAUCUUUAUAUUCAUUAGUAUGCCUCAGUGAGAAAAGCUAUUUUCAAUGUUUUCAGGUGAGUGUAUGAACACACAUAUAUUAGCACUGAUCUGGGACUGAACCCCAUUCGUUUUUCAGGGCUUUGUUCUAACCUCACCUUAAUAACUGCUGGUAACUAGGUUGGAAGCAGGUUCAUGAGCAAACUCACUAGGGGAUUAGUCCAUUUUAGGGUUGGCAGUGAUUGUGUUUUAUGCUGGACAGAUUCAAUGCAAAUUCACUGAUCCUGAAAUGAUAUAAUUUGCAGUUCCCAGCUGAUCCACAUACCGUAAGGAUCAUGUGAAUCUGCACAGAGUCAGCACAACAUCUGCAGCAGGACAAUGCCAUAAAACACAACCAAUAUAUCCUGGAUGUUUCAAAAGAACCUUUAUUAUGGGUAGUACUUUGCAAUUGAAUGCCAAGAUAUGAUACAUUUUAAACUUUCUUAAACUCAAGGACGCAGAUAAUUAUUGAUCAAAGUGCAGCUUAUUAUUUGCUUUAAAUUUCACUGUUUUCCAUUAUGUAGCUUUCUGUACCAAGUGUUGAUUUCUCUGCGGUUGACUAGUGAGUUCUCCACAAUUUAAAGUGUGCUAGUACAUACACCAGUGCAAUACUACCUGCUUCUGAAUGCUUAGAGAUUUUGGUAGGAGACAAAACAAACGAAACACAACAUUGUCACUUUACCAAGGAAGGUUGCUAUUUGGAUUCCUAGGGCUUGCCAUAAUGUAGCAAUGGGUGAAUCCUGUGUGCAUUUUCUUUCUUUGCACAAAAAUAUGUUCUGUUUGUUGACCUAUUAAAUCUGAGUAUUUGAAUUUGAUUUUUUUUUUAAUAGUUUUUUUUAACCUUGUUUUGUCAUGAAAUUGCAUAGCAGACAAAGAUUUGUUUUUGUUCUUCUGAAGCUAAAGAUGACACUGUAAAUCUAGAAGUAUUUUAUCUUUUAUAUUACGUAUUGGAAGACAAAUAAAGUGUUUUAUAUCCUAA